AUGCUCCCGAAAAACGAGCGAGAAGCGCUUUUUGAUGUGGAUGAUCGAAUUUUGAUGCUGGAACGGAGGCUGAGCAAUGCCAAGGCAGCGAAGGACGCCUUCGUACACCAUCUGCGUGGAAAAUACCCGAAUUGGACGCCGCCUCUCCCGGCAUUGAGCUAUCAGGAGGGAAACUUCCCCGUACUAACAUCCUCCAAUCCCCAUACCACUCCCAACUACCAAAUAAACCGGGAACCCCUUCUGAGCCGCCUGUCCACUGGGGACUAUCAGUGGGAUGUCAACGAGCAGAGGGGGAAUCAGAAUCGGAUGGCUAUCAGGAGAACACCGAAUUAUCCGUCAAACUUCACAACGUCUCCAAUCGAUAUUCCGACGAGUGGUCCCCUCCUGGAAAGUGACAUUCGUCGCUCGAAAAUCCGACUCCGUGAGAUUUCCGAAGAGUUGCGAUCGAUGAGAAUCGAUCGAAUGAGUUUGAGUACGGAUCAGUGGCUAGCCGAGCAGCCGUUCAGACAGAGAACCGUCUCCCUUCACUUCCACCCCUCCGACCAUCACCAAACCGAUCAUCUGGAGCAAGCACGUCUUCAUCUCUCUCGUCUCGAUCUGACCGAGACCACGCCCAUCGACACGCCCACCGAAGAGCGAAAAAUCGAUAUUCAAAUGACUGAAAAUCACGAGAAACUGUUGAACGAGAUGAGGGCGGAGUCUUCGAGUGCGGUGGGCGUGGCCUCGGUGGCUCCGCCCACUCAAGCUCCACCCCCUCGUGUUGUCCAAUGGGAACUUCCUCAACAACAAGUGGCUCAAGUUCAAGCCCCGCCUCCUCCAGUAGUCCAGGCUCCGCCCCCUCAGGUCGCUCCGCCUCCUCCGGUGGUCCAGGCUCCGCCCCCAGUCACCGGAGGCGUCUCUGACCUUUUCAAAAAUAUGGAUUUGGACACGGAUAGUGAUGACACCCCGAGACAAGCCCCGCCCCCUCAGCAACCACAACAGACAGUGGAUUACGGUCAACUACUGAAAACUAUCGGCAGUAUGGCGGGAGGAGAUUCAAGUAGUGAUGAAGGGGAUGCGAAUCCUAGGCCAUCGUUUGGGAUUUCUAGGCCACCAGUAAGACAGCAACAGCAAAAAAGUUUGAUGUUUAGAGAUGAUGAGGAGUCGGAUAUUGAUGAAUUUUUUCAUUGA